AUGCCAUCCAACCAUCCAGCAAAUCUACAGAAGUCUUCCCUGUGUUUCCUCUCUCAUACGAACUUGUCAAGCACAUCUAUCUAUGUAUAUGUAUAUCUAUCUAUUCCUACAUAUAUCUAUCUAUUUAUAUGUAUAUCUAUCUAUCUAUCUAUCUAUCUAUCUAUCUAUCUAUCUCUUCUUUUGGCUGCUGUAAAAUUCAACGUUCUUCCAAUUGUAUAUGAAUUUGAAGCUAACACAGUAGACAGUCUAGGCCUUCUGGUUGAGAAUCUCUUGGACAAAAAUUAUGUCAGAAGUAUUGGGCUCAUCUGCCAUGAAGAAGAUCCAGGUGUAAUUAAUUUAGUCGAAGGAUGUCAGGUCAGUGCCCAGAAUUUCCACUCAGAACCAAAUGUGAAACAGUUUUUCAUUUCUUUAUCGUCCCACAUUUUACCAGUUGAACAAGGUGGAUCCUUUGAUAUUUUUACUCCACUUGCAGCCAGUGAGGAUGGCAUGAAUUUAAUUGCUGACUUGACGACUACAACUGGAAUCGUGUUUUCUUCGCCAACAUCAAUUAUUGAAAAUUAUAGAAAAGUGCUAGGGAAGUGGCUUUACUCGUCUGAACAAAAAGGAAACUGUCCUUCCUUGGAUUAUUUCUAUGAAAAUAAACUCAAUGCCUGGGCUCACACAGCAAAGCACACAACAGAAGCCAUAAAACACUGCAAAAAUGCACUUGCACCAUUCCUCAAGCUGUUCCAUAAUGACCUUGUGGCUCACAUUACUGUGUGUUGUGUAGGAACCUACCACCCCUCUUGA